CUUUUGCAGAGAGAGUGAGAGGCUGAACCCUGCGGCAGUGUUUAACGAUUGAUAGGGGGAGAUGUUCUUCUUCUUCGUUGGCGGGUUGGAGCAACAGGUGCGUCAGGUGCUGAAAUCGGGUGUGGGCAGAUGUAUAAACUGUAGCUCGCCGGCCGAUCUGGUGGAAUACGAGAAGGUGCUGAAGCUCUUCUUCGUUCCCGUAUGGCGGUGGCCCGGCAAGGAGCCUCUUUUGUAUUGUAACAACUGCAAGUUCUUCUUCCCUCAAUCCUACUCCUUGCCACCGCCGCCCCAGUCCACCACGUCACCGCCGGAAGUCUCCGAUGUAUUGCGUUGCCGAUUCUGCGACCGGAUUGUGGAAUCGGACUUCAGAUUCUGCCCUUUCUGCGGCUCCGAACUGUAAUUUACUUCUUAUUCCCUCUGUCUGAGUUUUGGAAUGGUCGUUCGGUUCCAACUAAUAGGAAUUAAGAAGCGAUUAGGUGUGAUCACUGGUGUUGUAUUCCGAUUAUAUGGACCCCAAUGCUUAUUAUGUAAAUAAGAUUCAUGCGAGUCUUGUGCCAAUUUCGUUAAUGAUCCUUCUUGACUGCAUCGCUUGCGUUUGUUUAAAA